ACUAAACCGGAAGUGAUGUCGAACCUGAUGCGUACAGUUCUGCGGCGUGUUCAAGAGGUGUCACGGUCUCAAAAAGUUCUCUAAACAAUUCAAAACGUUCAGCACCAGAACGGGGUGUAUUCAGAGUGUGUUAGUUUCGAAGUGUUUUAAUGUUUUGUAACGUAUCUAUCUCCAUGCAAGGCCAUUUCAUGGGUGUUUUUGGGGGGGAUUUGCCUCUAGAGACCAAUUUAUUGAAGGCCAAUGACACUCCUCCUUUUCUUAGGAGCCUUGUGUUGUUACUAUGUUCAGGUAAGUCACAUAGUAUUUUUAUCAUCUUUGGGCUUCGAUGAUUUCAGUGCCAGCACAAGUUGGUCGAGGUCAAAUAACUCUCAUUGUUCUCAAGUCCUUUUUUGUUUUUAUUGUUCAUAAAAUGCUUAAUUUCAAUAGGUAAAAACUGCAAUGAUAAAGCUCUGUUUAUGUGGCUCUGGCCCUCAUUACCACUCAUGUUAAUGUAGUGGUGCUAUGGGGUCCAACUAGGCCUUAAUGAGAAGAUUCAUUCUUGGUUAUGAAUCAAUCACCAGAGGAAGUAAGGAACAUUUAAUCAACUUCAAGAACACAUUUAAUAUAGUAAGAAUUUUUUCUAAAGCAUCACUGAGGAAAUUAACUUAACAUUUUACACAGAACAGGGAAGUGAGGAAGAACACCCCCUCAAUGUAUACUAUCUGGGUAGUAGGUGUGGACUUAAGCGUAGAGGGGAAAGAGAAUAUUGUGUGUCAGGGUUUUGUUUCCAGGAAGUGGGUUGAGUUAUUUAUAUUUCAACACUUGUCCUCUAGUACCCAUGGGAGGACCUGUGUUCGUAACCUGAAACUUUAUAUUUAAACAUUGUCUAAUUCUAGAUGUGCUGCGGUGAACACAAACUACUGUGGGAAUUAGACUGAGAGGAACAAAUGAAGGUUUAUGGCAGAAAAUCUAAAACAUAUACAUUUGGAUGGAUAGAGAGUGACCCUGAGAGGAUCCUCUCUUUGUUGGAGAACGUUGUAAUGAAGAUCCAUGAGAAGAUUUUAACCCAUUACCUAUCCUGCACCUCACCGAUAAAUAAAGAAGGAUAUCUCUACAAAAAGAAAGAGAGGACCUCCUCCUACCAGAGGCGCUGGUUUGUCCUGAAAGCCAAUCUGCUGUUCUACCAGGAGCGUCCGGCAGAUCGACACCUGCUGGGGGUUAUUGUCCUAGAGGGCUGUGCUGUCCAGCGCUGUGAGUCUGAAGGAGGACUGUUUGCCUUCUCCAUGGUGUUCAGAGGUUCAGGGCUGAAAACCUACAGGCUUGCUGCUGAGGACCAGCUGGGCCAGGAGAGCUGGGUCAAAGCCCUGCUCACAGCCAGCCACUGCUACCUUUCACUGCUGGUCAGAGACCUGGGGAAGCAGUACGAAGAGGCUAAACGCCAAGCUGGCCCUGCUGAAUCCCAUCAACGAACCACUGUGACUGGUCCAGGCUCAAUGUGCCUUACCCAAUCCAUGACUUACCUGAACUCAUGCUCCUCCUCCUUCCUCAUGCCAGGACCAAUGAGGAGAGAAGGGGGAAGCCACAGUGCCAGUAAUAUAUUACAAGCCCCUCCAAUCCCCAGCAAAGUGAUCAAUAAGAGGUCCCCUAAGCAUUGGCCCAAGAGAAACGCACAUGUAACACCGAUAAAUGGACCAGCACCACCAUAUGGGGAAUGGCCACAAGUGGACUUUGAUCCUCUAGAGGAUUUCACCAAGCUACAUGAUUACUAUGGAGAGGAGGUGAAGCAGCUGAGAGCUGAUUGGCUGAGGAGGAGGCAGGAGGAAGAGGAGCACCUUGAGGAGGAUCUCAUUGACCUAAGUGAACACUGACCCACAGAGAUCAGACAGUCACCACUCUGGUUAUUUUGAUGAGGACUUUGGUGUGAAUGCCAGUAAUCUGAAAUAAGAAAGUGACUUUAUAAUUUGAGGAACUAGAGCAUUAAAGAAGAACUAGUCACCUGUGUAUACAUCAUGAUGGGGUCCUAUGAGGUUGAUGAUGAGCCUAAAAAUGUACCAUACCACCCUGCAUACCACUGCUGGCUUGCUUCUGAAGCUAAGCAGGGUUGGUCCUGGUCAGUCCCUGGAUGGGAGACCAGAUGCUGCUGGAAGUGGUGUUGGAGGGCCAGUAGGAGGCACUCUUUCCUCUGGUCUAAAAAAUAUCCCAAUGCCCCAGGGCAGUGAUUGGGGACACUGCCCUGUGUAGGGUGCCGUCUUUCGGAUGGGACGUUAAACGGGUGUCCUGACUCUCUGAGGUCAUUAAAGAUCCCAUGGCACUUAUCGUAAGAGUAGGGGUGUUAACCCCGGUGUCCUGGCUAAAUUCCCAAUCUGGCCCUCAAACCAUCAUGGUCACCUAAUAAUCCCCAGUUUACAAUUGGCUCAUUCAUCCCCCUCCUCUCCCCUGUAACUAUUCCCCAGGUCGUUGCUGCAAAUGAGAACGUGUUCUCAGUCAACUUACCUGGUAAAAUAACGGUAAAAAUAAAUAAAAAUAAAAUUGUCACUAAGCAGAGACUCAUCAUCAAACUCAUAAGACUAUCACCCUUAGUGGUGUUGCAAACAACCGGAUGCAUCCGGUUCUCAGGGAUACAGCCCUGAUGUGGGAACUCUGCUCGGCUGUUUCUUUUCCCGCCUGCUACGUUAGGUUUUAGGAAUAUAAUCAGCUCAUGCUGUAUACACAGGUGACUGGUUCCUCUUAAACACUCUAGUUCCGCAAAUGAUAGUCACUUUCUUAUUUCAGAGUACUGGCACUCCUAUGGGUUUGUCUGUUACUGUUUGUAAAUUAUCAUUAAAAUCACUGGUAUAUUUUCUAGGUAAUAUUGAUGGUGAGUGUGAAGCUUAACUUUCUGUCAGCAAUCAGGGUAGUUAUGCAAUAUUGAAGCAAAGAGCUUCCAGUCGAAGGUCGCAUCCACUAUAAGGCCAUGGUGCUUACCUACGGAAUAGCAAGAUAAACUGCCCCUCUCUACCUUCAGGCUAUGCUCAAAACCUACACCCCGACCCUAGCACUCCGUUCUGCCACCUCAGGUCUCAUGGCCAUCCCACCCCUACAGGAGGGCAGCUCCCGAUCAGCCCAGUCCAAGCUCUUCUCUGUCCUGGCUCCACAGUGGUGGAACCAGCUUCCCCCUGAAGCUAGGACAGCAGAGUCCCUGCCCAUUUUCCACAAACAUCUGAAACCCUACCUCUAACACAGUAACUUAAAUAAACAGUAUCCUCACCUCGA